GUGACUGCUGGAAACCUUGCUCGUUUGCGACUUUGCGAUUGCGUUUGCUUGCUGGCGAGGUUAAAAAGGUUAUGUUGUUGUUUGUGUACUGUAUAAGCUUUUUAUAAUAAACUUUAAGAGACAGAUACAUUUUUAAUUUAUAUCUGCUCUUAAUACUCUUGAAAUUUGCAUUUCAAUUACUGUAAAUGUGACUCUACAAUUUUGAGUUUACAACUUUGAAAUUUCAUAAAAUAAGAUACGGAACCAUGGGCGCCAAAAAACUCACAUCAUUGGUGAAAGCUUUGGGUUCCUACUCAUUGAUAGGUGCUGGAGGUUGGUUUAUCGGUACAUAUAAUGAACGGUAUAAAGAAAAUGAAAUGAUUGCUUCUUUUAAAAAACAGAAACCCUUGCCGGCUCUUCCAAUAUUCGGCAGUGUAUCUGCUGCAGUCCCUGUUUCAGUGUCAGGAAAUAAUGACAGUGCUGUUAAAGAAUCAGAAAGUAGAGUUUCACAAAUAAUGAAAUAUGGGUUCCCAAGUUUAUCCAACAUCCGUUCACUGGAUGAUUACAUCCUGUCGUACGACACCCGCAACAGAGUCGCUUACUGGGUGUUCGAGCACAUGUCCAGUGACAGGUUGAAGCCCAACAAUGACCUCGACAGAAAUCAAUGUUCUUUUAUCGAAGAUGACUCGGUACACAAGUACUUCAGAUCAACAAAUGCUGAUUAUAAAGGCAGCGGAUUUGACCGUGGCCAUUUGGCAGCUGCAGGGAAUCACAGAAUCUCUCAGAAACACCUGCAGCAAACAUUUCUUCUAUCAAAUAUGGCUCCCCAGGUCGGGCCUGGAUUCAACAGGGAUGCUUGGAACAGCCUCGAAAAGCAUGUUCGAAAACUAACCAAAUCAUACAAGAAUGUUUACGUUUGCACUGGACCUCUCUUCCUACCAAAGAAGGAAUCUGACGGAAAAUCUUAUGUAAAGUACCAGGUGAUUGGCUCCAAUAAUGUAGCAGUCCCCACACAUUUCUUCAAAGUGGUUGUAAUGGAAACAGCGGACAGCAAACUCCACAUGGAGGCGUACGUCAUGCCUAAUCAACCCAUAGACAGCAACACACCCUUGUUCGCCUUUCAAGUACCUCCUGAUUCAAUAGAAAGAGCAUCUGGACUUUUAUUCUUUGACAAAAUGAAUAGAAACAAUUUGGUUCAAAUAAAUGGAAAGAAAACUACAUUUCUUUGAGUGUUCAGCAAUUUUAAUUAGAUCUAUACUUGUAGAACUCAACUUGCUCAAUAGUUAUAUUAAAUCCAACCAAUUCUAAAAUUGAUUGAUCUUGAAUUUUCUAGAUAUGAUAAUUGGCUUGUUAAUUGGAAAUUAAUUGAUAUUUUGUUGAGAAUAACAAUAAUAUACAUAUAAAUAAUUUUAUUUUAUACAUAAUUAGCAACCUACAACCUACCCCAUUGAUGUACUGUAUAGUAAUGUUCUUAAUCAUAUCAAUAUUAGUCUAACAUUAUUAUUCUUGACUCGGUCAAAAUUUUUGCAAGGAGAUUGGCUAAAACAUUAUUCCAUGUUUAUGUUGACCAUUUAUUGCUAUCAAUAUUGUCAAGUUUAAAAAACUACGUCGUGAAACAUGUUAUUUUAAUGGUAGUUUGUUAUUGAAGUGUCAACAAAUUAUAUUUUAUUGUUAUUAUUGAUAUAAUAAUUUAGUGUACAAUGAUUGUAACUAAUUCUAGUCUCUGAAUGUUUUGAGAAUAGAUUAAUUGAAGAUUAUAAGAAA